CACAUGCUAGAAGCAUGUCGACCCAGGAGAACGCACAACACCAGCCACUCUGGUCAUGGGUCUCUAAGUCCCAGAAGGACUUAGCAAAGUCCAUCCUUAUCGGGGCUCCAGGAGGGCCAGCGGGAUACCUGAGGCGGGCCAGCGUGGCACAGCUGACCCAGGAGCUGGGCACAGCAUUCUUCCAGCGGCAACAGUUGCCGGCGGCCAUGGCAGACACCUUUCUGGAGCACCUGUGCCUGCUGGACAUCGACUCUGAGCCUGUGGCCGCUCGCAGCACCAGCAUCAUUGCAACAAUCGGGCCCGCAUCGCGCUCGGUGGAGCGCCUCAAGGAGAUGAUCAAGGCCGGCAUGAACAUCGCGCGGCUCAACUUCUCCCACGGCUCCCACGAGUACCACGCUCAGUCCAUCGCCAACGUCCGGGAGGCGGUGGAGAGCCUGGCCACCUCCCCGCUCAGCUACCGCCCGGUGGCCAUCGCCCUGGACACCAAGGGACCGGAGAUUCGCACCGGGGUCCUGCAGGGGGGCCCUGAGUCGGAAGUGGAGCUGGUGAAGGGCUCCUCGGUGCUGGUGACGGUGGACCCGGAGUUCCGAACGCGGGGGGACGCGAAGACCGUGUGGGUGGACUACCCUAAUAUCGUCCGGGUGGUGCCGGUGGGGGGCCACAUCUACAUCGACGACGGGCUCAUCUCCCUCGCGGUCAGGAAAAUCGGCUCCAGAGGGCUGGAGACCGAAGUGGAGAACGGAGGCACCCUAGGCAGCCGGAAGGGGGUGAACCUGCCUGGAGCACAGGUGGAUCUGCCUGGGCUGUCUGAGCAAGACGCUCGCGACCUUCAGUUCGGGGUGGAGCACGGCGUUGACAUCAUCUUUGCGUCCUUCGUCCGGAAAGCCAGCGAUGUGGUUGCUGUCCGGUCUGCCCUAGGGCCUGAAGGUCAGGGCAUCAAGAUCAUUAGCAAAAUCGAGAACCACGAAGGUGUGAAGAGAUUUGAUGAAAUUCUGGAGGUGAGCGACGGCAUCAUGGUGGCCCGCGGGGACCUGGGCAUUGAGAUCCCAGCCGAGAAGGUCUUUCUGGCUCAGAAGAUGAUGAUCGGUCGUUGCAACUUGGCGGGCAAGCCCGUUGUCUGUGCCACACAGAUGCUGGAGAGCAUGAUCACCAAGCCACGGCCCACACGGGCAGAGACCAGCGACGUGGCCAACGCAGUGCUUGAUGGGGCAGACUGCAUCAUGCUCUCGGGUGAGACCGCCAAGGGCAGCUUUCCUGUGGAGGCUGUUCAGAUGCAGCACGCGAUCGCACGGGAGGCCGAGGCCGCUGUGUACCACCGGCAGCUGUUUGAGGAACUGCGCCGGGCAGCCCCGUUGAGCCGAGACCUGGCUGAGGUCACUGCCAUUGGUGCCGUGGAGGCUGCCUUCAAGUGCUGUGCUGCAGCCAUCAUUGUGUUGACGAAAACUGGCCGCUCUGCCCAGCUUCUGUCCCGGUACCGCCCUCGGGCAGCCGUCAUUGCCAUCACACGCUCUGCCCAGGCAGCUCGCCAGGCACACCUGUGCCGAGGAGUCUUCCCCUUGCUCUACCGUGAUCCUCCAGAGCCCGUGUGGGCCGACGACGUGGACCGCCGGGUGCAGUUCGGCAUUGACAGUGGAAAGCUGCGUGGCUUCCUCCACACGGGAGACCUGGUGAUCGUGGUGACUGGCUGGCGGCCCGGCGCUGGCUACACCAACAUCAUGCGAGUAGUGAAUGUGUCCUGAGAUGUCCCAGCUGCCCCGCCCCCAUCCCCAGGUCAUGUGUCUCCUGCCCCUCCCCCACAACAUCUGCCUGCUAGCCCCAUUUCAGGCUCACCUCCCCUGCUAUGGCCCUAAAAAGACUGUCCAGGGCUGUGCUGGCCACCUAGUCGCACCAGCCGUACUGCCCCUGUCCCUCUGAUGCCUGCAGCUUUAAUCCCAGCUUCAGUGGCCCCACAGCCCGGUACUGAGGGGAGGCGCCACAUCCAGCCCCCACCCUGGCCUGACUGUAGAGGUCCUUCAGGCAGGCUGUGGCCUCCUCCUCCUCUGGGCACCUCUGACAGCCAUGCCUCCCCGUGGGCUCAGUCCAGACAAGGCUUCCGCUCUGGGACGUCAGAGCCCUGUGCUUUGUGCCUGACGGCAGAGGGGACAGCGUGGCUGCGGGUGUUGGGAGAGGCAGAUGGGCUCAGCUGGCUGCCGUCCUGCAGCCUCCCCAGCUGUCCUCGCCCUCCCCACCCCCACCGCCUCACCUUGUUUCCUCCUCCUGGACCUGGGAAUUCCUUCAUACCCACAUUUGUCCCCACACACAAACCAGGAGCCAAGUUGAGUGUCUCUUUUUCAUUUUUAAACCCAGCUGCUCGGAAGCAAUUGUAAAACUCCCACAUACCCAGGGGCCCAAGUGCCCCCACCCAGGAACAAAGGAGAUUCGGGGUCCAGCUCUCACAUUCCUGAUGCUGUGGAGAAGGCGGGGCGGGUCCAGGGGGUUCUCUUGUCCCUGAGAAGCAGCGGUGCUGGCUAGCCUGCCCUUCCCUAGCCUCGAUGCCAACAGGAGGAAGAAGCCCCCACGGGUAAAAACUCCCCCCACCCCGAUGGCUGGUCUGCCCACUGGGGAGGGAGAAAGAACGGGCACUGUUGCCCAUGGAGCACAGAGGGGCCACAGGGGAUUGGGGUGGGGCUCCCCCCUCCUAGGAGCGGGUGGUUAAGGACUGGGUGCAAUGAAAUGAGUUGUAACACCUGAAAUGAGUAAAUAAAUCAAUACAGUUUUUAGAUGAUUAAACAGGGAAGAAGGAUAAAAAUGCCAUUGAGGGGUUCACUCACCCCUCCACCACUAAUGGCACACUAAAGAAGGAGACGACAACCCUCCCUUUGCGCCAAAGGAGGACACCACGGGCAGGGGCGCAGGAAUGCAGUGGUGCUGGUCUACAAAAUGACAGUUCCACCACAGACAGAGAACAAGGGCACUGGCCUGGCAUCCCCCUCUGCGAGGCUCAACGCAGGGGACCCACACAUGGCAGUGAAGGUGAACACUCAGCCCAGGACAUCUGUGAUGGCAGUGGGAACACUGGCAACUGGCUGUGCCUAGUUAUGCUAGGGGGAGGACAGGAAAGUUACUGGCAGGACCUGCAUGGUCACCACAGGGAAGCAGACACCUGGUGACUUGGCAGUGAUGAUGGUGGCAGAUUCUUGUGCUUUGUGGAGUGGGACCAGGGACCCAGGCCUGGCUGAGGGACACCCUGGUAGGAGUUAGGACUCACUUCUACUUGGCAGUGGAGACAGACAUACAGUGCCUGGCGCGGGCUCAGUGAAUGGAUCGGGGCGUCAGGCUGGCCACAGGGGGCCUGUGCAGGGGGCAGGCGCAGAGCCCUCAGCAGUCCCGGGAGGCAUCCUGAGGACAGUGUCUCACAUCCCCUGGGCUUCCCCAAGAGAUGGCAUCCCGGGGCACACGACUGCUCCCAAGAGCUUACCCGCAGGGGUUCACAUGUUGGCCGAGAGCUGUGGGCCCCGGGGAGUGGCUGGCUCCGGCCGGGGGAUCUGGGUUGUCCCUGGAGGCUUGGCCAGCAGCCCUGAGGGGGGCAGGCGCUCACUUCCAGAGCCCUUCCGGCCCGGAGACCCGUCCCCGGCCGCUCGCUGGGGCAGAGAGGGCUGGGAGGCUGAAAGAGGUCUGCCCCGAGGUCCCAGCCGCCUCGAGCCUCCUCCAGGAGGGGGCCCCAGCAGGGACACCUGUGAACGCCCAGCCCGCGACAGGCUGGCAUGGAGGGUGCGAGCAGGCAGGGCGGGCAAGCGGGAGGUGGAUGCCCAUGGUCCCCGGGCCAGCAGAGGGCCUGCGCGGACAGGCACCAGCGGCGAGGCCGGGGAGCCCACUGAGAGCCGUGCGGAGCGAGCCAGGAGGGUGGCCGGAGAGUCAGGGGAGAGGGGCAGAGAACCCCGCUGGUGUGUCAGCGCAAUGGCCACGUUGGAGGUGACGGCGGCAGCUUGCAGGGGUGCGUGCACCAGGGGCUCCCACAGUACCGGCUUCCCACUGAGUCGCGCACCCGUGCCCGGGGCCAAGCCACAGAUACCCCGGGCCAUGUCCCUGUCAUGCUGCACUAGGUGCUGCUCCAUGAGGCCACCACUGCUGCCUGGGCUGGGCUCGGAGUGCUUCCGCUGCAGCACAGAGUUCUUCUUGCCUAGAAGAGGGAGAGGUGGGU